AUGGACGUGAAGUCGUGGCUUGGGUUUUGGCACUGGGCGCACAAUGGAUGCAAGCCGAACGGCAGCAUCACAUUGAAAGAAGAAGAAGAUGGACAACGUAUUCUACACACAACAUUCAGCUCAGGUGUGGGCACAUGGUGGCCACAUGACCAGCAGGCUUCGUCUAUAGAAUUGGAGUGGCAGUCAAAGGGUGGCAGCCUCGUCCGACACACGCUCAAGGCAAAGCCUUCUCAGAUCGGUGGAAUCGGCGCAGGCCAUUCCCAAUUUCGUGUCGUGGCAUGUCACCGCCCAAGUUGUAGCACAUUUGGAGUCAGGGAAGCUGAUGGCAAGGACGGGGAUCUCUCAUGGGUACCCGACUCGCGGACGAUCCGGACAUGCGGCUGGCGCAAGAGGCUUGGCACAAGUGCCGCAGCUCUUCGUGUCAGCUCGAAGCUGACCUCGGCCAAGAAGUAUCUCAGUCACGAGGAUCCCCCGAGCAGUGGAGUCUUCGACUCUCUCUGCCCCAACUGCCGGCGGCCUUUGAACAUUGCACUCGGCUGCGGGGAGCUGUUGACAGUAACCUCGCCGCUCACGGAGGCAAAAAGGUACGAGUGCAAGGAAGAGGCUGAAGGCUAUUGCAGCCCUUGCCCCACUUGCAGGAGGCCCAUACUCAUCUCCAAGGUUUCUGCACCUCUUCCUGGUCAGGUUCCCUUCUUCCAUCGACCUUCUGUCGGCACUUGGCUGCAGCCGUGCCCUGGCAGGGCUUUGGCUUCCAAGCGCUCAAGGUGUGCAUACGCCACCCUGCUUUACGGCACUUCAGUGGAGUAUGUUCGUGAUGCCCGGGUCUUGGGCUUCUCGCUUCGGCAGUCCGGAACCCCUCACGACCUGGUCCUUCUUCAUACGAGUGAUGUUCCGGAAGAGUAUCUGGAGAUUCUUGGGCGCCUCUGGAUCUUGCGUCCUGUGGACAGGAUCGAUGCUGCAAGCACGCUCUUCACACCUCACAGCCGCUUCCGAGGGGUCUUCACCAAGCUGCAUGCCUGGGGGCUCAUCGAGUACGACCGCGUCAUCCUCUUGGACUUGGACCUGCUAGUGCAAGAGAAUGUGGACAGCCUCUUCGAGCUGCAACCGCCGGCAGCAAUGUGGGCAGCGGGGGGACAAGUCCACGGACGCCAUAUCGUCGCUCCUCAUCCCUUCAAGGGUUAUCACAAGGUGGAGCCCUGGGGCAAGGCCGGCUGCGUGAACGCUGGUGUGAUUCUUCUGGAACCGAAUCUCCAAGACUUCGGGCAUAUGAAACAGGAGGUGGAAUGCCGAGAGCAUCCCGAGCACAUCGUGACCACCUCGCCGGAGCAGGACUACCUCACACGGUUUUUCUGGCACACGCCCCACUGGACCCACAUUGACGUGUCGUACAACUUCCAGCUGCAUCACCUGGCCCUGCGGCUGCCUGACAGCCAGAAGGAGUGCGAGCGCCGCCAGCUCCGGUUCGAAGACAUCCGCAUCGUCCACUUCUCAGCCCACCCGAAACCAUCGCAGCGCGAACCCGAUGUCUCGGUCGAGGCCUUCGUGGAGCAGGCGAUGGCUAACUACGAGGGUGUUCAAAUCUACGUCCGCCACGACCCCGAAGCCAUCGAGAGGCGCAACCGCAGCGGCAAGUUCCCGAAGCUGGAGUUGCGCAGCUGGGGCUCGGGCUCCGAGACCGGCACGAGGCUCUUCGAGGAGUCCCGGGCUCUUGGGGAGGAGAGCCAGAGUGGGAGCGCGGAGCUCAAGGAAGUUACGGCGUCUCCUGCAGAGUUCCAGCGAGUCCGGGAGGUCUGCCUACGAUCCUUUCAGGCCUGGAGUGAGGCGGAGAAGCAGUGCAAAGAGCGCUUCGGAUCCCCAGACCUUUUGGAAUCUUUCCCGGCGAAGCUGGGGAGUCAGCUCCAGGGAACAUGUGUGGAAUGGGACCGUGCGAGAGGCAUAGGGUGGAUCCGCCCGGAUGAUGGGAGCAAGCUGAUCUUCGUGCACUUCAACGGCUUAGUAGAGAGCAGGGGCGUGGGGCGAGCGGGGCGAGCGCAACUGGAAGAAGGACAGCUGGUCUCCUUCUCCGUCGGUGAGGAUGACAAGGGGCGGCGUACGGCGGUAGAUGUCAAGGCGUCUGUCGCGCAGAUCGACGCGAGGCCUCUGGCAGAAGAGGGUCGGGAAGAGGGGUCGCAGCAAGCCUUGGAGGAGAGAGUUCGGGGAAACUGCACGGCGUGGUAUGCGCAAAAGAAGUUUGGAUUUGUUUCUUAUGUUGAUGGUUGCCAAGAGAAGAAGGUUUUCCUGCACCAGAAGGAUCUGCUGGUGGAUGCAAAGGACUCGAAGGGAGCGUCUGCAUUGAAAGUUGGCCAAACGGUGCAGUUCACGCCCGCCAAGGAAGAGAAGGCUCCCGAGAAGUUGAGGGCUCUGUUCGCGACUUGCACAGAAGACGAUGACGAGCUUGUGUGCGAGGUCCAAGCCUUCGCUGCAUCGGAUGCUCUCACCAAGAGCUUCCCUCCCGGAACGCCAUGGCAACGAAGGUUGCUACAUCAGGUGGCUCGUGCCCUGGGCUUCUUCACACGAUCCGAAGGUGAGGAGCCGCAUCGUUCCGUUUGCAUCUCGCGGGCAGAGGAACCAAGCCCUUCCGACUCUCAGCAGAAGGUCUUGAGGCUCCAGGCUCGCAUCGAGGAGGUCGCAGAGAUGCCCGGCCAGAGCGGUUGGCAUCUCCUCCUCGGUGAUCUCACCGGCCACGAGUGGGAGCAGCUGAACGACUUCUGCAAGCUGCGCGGUCUGCUCUUGUGCCGGCGGGAGGCCCAGAACGCCAAGCAAUGCCAGCAUUUUGUUUGCAAGGAGCCUGCAGCGGCUGUGCUGUUUACUUGA